AUGCACUACCUUGUCUGCCAGCACCAAGGAGACAUACGCUUUCAACCUCACCCCUUCUGGCCCUUCAACAUUCAUCCAAUGGGCAUCCCUGGCCUGGAAGCUGCCCACGUCUGGGGUUCCAUCCCUUUCUUUAUGUGCUACAUCAUCAGCCUAUUGGGAAAUUUCACGUUUCUGUUUGUCGUAGGCAAAGAGCAGACCCUGCACAGGCCAAUGUACCUGCUGCUCUGCAUGCUGGCACUUACAGACAUCACCACUUCUACAUCCGUCAUACCAAGGGCACUGUGUAUAUUUUGGUUCAAUUUGAAAGGCAUUCCUAUGGGUGGCUGCCUCAUCCAGAUGUUCUUCCUUCAUGCAGUUUCUGUUAUGCAGUCAGCUGUUCUCAUGACAAUGGCCUUUGAUUGCUACAUUGCCAUAUGUAACCAUCUGAGAUAUUCCACCAUCCUCAUCAAUGCACAAAUAGCUAAGCUAGGGCUAGUGGGUUUGACAAGAGCUGUUCUCUUCAUUCUUCCCCUGCCCCUGCUCCUGAGCAGGCUGCCAUUCUGUGCCAACCGUAUUAUCCCUCAUAUGUACUGUGACCACAUGGCUGUAGCGAAGAUGUCAUGUGGGGACAUUACAGUCAACAGGAUGUAUGGCUUGGUGAUAGCAUUUGUAGUCUCAGGGUUAGACUUGUUGCUCGUUGCCCUGUCCUAUGGUCUGAUCAUCAGGGCCAUCAUCAGAAUCUCCUCCAAGAAAACCUGCCAGAAAGCCCUCAACACCUGCACCGUGCACAUCUGUGUGAUGCUCAUGUCUUGUACUCUCUUGCUGUUCUUCUCUCUGACACACUGGUUUGGUCAAGGCAUAGCUACCCACAUUCACAUCAUCUUGGCAACCCUGUACUUCCUUGUCCCUCUCAUGUUCAACCCUAUCAUUUAUGGUAUCAAAACCAAAGAGCUUUGUGAGAAAGUGGGCAAAUACACCUGCAGAAGGUGA